GUUGUCGAUGCUGCCUCCGUGAGAGAAUAAUUCAAAGGAAAAGUUCUUGAUGUCAUGCCCAUUUAAAAUAUCCAAAGAUCACCGGGAUUAAUCAGCCGGAUAACGGGUGUCAACUAGAAAAAUCAAAACUCCACUGUUUCUCAUCUCCUUCGACUUGAAGCUUCGUCUCCCAUCUCCUUGUUGGUUCCAUGGCGAAGAGAGCCGUGAGGUACGCCGUGAUCGACGCGUUCACCAGCACGCCGUUCAAGGGCAACCCGGCGGCCGUGUGUCUGCUGGACGCUCCUGAAGACGCGGCGGCGGGAGACGACUGGAUGCAGUCGGUCGCCAAAGAGUUCAACGCCCCGGUCACCGCUUUCCUCUCUCGCGCCGUCGAUGUGGGAUCCGAUGGCCCGACCAAUGGCGUUGCCGGCCCCCGAUUCAAUAUCCGAUGGUUCACUUCCGUCUUGGAGGUAAACAUUUGUGGUCAUGCAACUCUAGCAGCUGCACAUUUUCUCUGGUCACUUGAUCUAGUGAACGGUGAAGUAAUUUAUUUUUCAACAAAAUCUGGAUUACUGAAAGCUAGAAAAGCUAUUUCAUUGAAUAAUUCAGAUACAACAAAUAUUUCAUUAGCCAAAGCUGAGAAGUUCUUCAUUGAGUUGGAUUUUCCAUUAUUUCCAGUAGCAGAGUGUGAUACUUCUGAGAAACCAUUAAUUCCAGAUACUCUGAAUGGUGCUUCUGUCAUCAAUGUUCUGAAAUUUGGAGCUGAUGAAGACCUCAUUGUCGAGCUUUCUUCAACAAAGGAAAUUCUCAAUUUGCAACCAAACUUUGAAGAGAUUCAAAAGUGUGCUGGUGGUUCCCUUGCCGUAACAGCACCUGCUCCUGCUGGUUCUGAAUUCGACUUCUUUACUCGCUACUUCUGCCCAAAGUUUGGAGUCUAUGAGGAUCAUGUUUGUGGAAGUGUGCACUGUGCUUUAGCACCAUACUGGAGUAAAAAGCUGGGGAAGAACAGCCUUGUUGCUUACAUGGCUUCGCCAAGAAGCGGGAGACUCGACCUUGAAUUGAUCGCUGAGGCGCGUAGAAUAUGCAUUCGGGGAGAAGCUGUGACUGUGAUGACUGGGACUUUAUUAGUCUAAUUCCAUUUGAGACUAAGAGGUGAAGCUUCAUCUUUUCCUCACUGUGUUGGUGUGGUUUCAUUUGAGCAACAUAAACUUCUGUUUACAAGAUAAUUAAGAUUAUGAAGUAAAUUCAACUCUUUUUAA